AUGUAUACUCGUCCAGUCAUUGAGCGGAUGAUGAAGCACUUCCAGAACCUGUUUCUCGCCCUGCUGGACCCAGGGACUAUGACAAUUACCGAAGUCUGUGAUAGAGUCUUGGAUCCUUGUGAGUUGUUGAACCUGAUUCAUAGCUCGUCUUCCCUCAUGUGUCCAUACGUUGGGCCGUCAAACCUGAAGGAUAUCUUCGAGAUUGGAGUGCGCCGCUGGCCAGAUGCAGUUGCUGUCGAGUCUACUGACAGGUCCAUCACUUACCGGGACAUGGACCUGCUAACGAACUAUGUCGCAAGGGCCAUUGCAGACCGUACACGUCCCGGCGACGCUGUCGCGGUUCUGAGUGACCGCAGUUUUGAUUGGGUCGUCUCUGUCCUGGCAACUGUCAAGGCAGGAGCUACAUAUGUUCCCCUGGAUACAAAGCUCCCUAUCGAAAGAAUGAAGACGAUUGUUGAUUCCUCACAAGCAAAAAUUUGCGUCUUCCCGAAUGAGGCUUGUCACAACGGCUUUCUGGGUGUGUGCAAAGAGAAAUUCCUACUUCAUGACCUCCUGUCCAAACCAGUCAAGGCACAGUCACCUAGGCUGAGCACCGCUAUCAACGGAGAAGAUAUAGCCUACAUCAUCUUCACAUCAGGCUCAACUGGAACUCCGAAAGGCGUGCGUAUUCCACAUAAAUCGGUAGUUUCAUACCUUUCUUACAAGCCUGCCCGAAUGGACGCUCGCCCUGGUAGACGACAUGCGCAGAUGUUCUCACCUGGAUUCGAUGUCAAUUUGGCAGAAAUAUUCGGCACUUUGUGCUAUGGUGCAACUCUUGUGCUUGCAGAUCCAGGCGACCCAUUUGCUCAUCUUUCUCGUGUAAAUGCGACAAUGAUAACCCCGUCGUUCCUUUCUGUCUGCAAUCCUGAUGACUUCCCGAACUUGGACACUAUACUCUUCGCGGGAGAGGCAGUGCCACAGAUCUUGGCUGACCGGUGGGCAACGAAUCGGACAGUUUAUAAUUCCUACGGCCCUUGUGAGUGCACAAUUGGCUGCCUUUUCCAACCUCUUCAGUCUGGCAGAGAAGUCACAUUGGGGCGUACUAUCCCCCGAGUCGGUGUGUACAUCCUCGACACGCGGGGCCGCCCAGUCCCGAUAGGGGUUCCUGGGGAGAUUUGCCUGACUGGUAUUCAAGUCGCCGAAGGAUACAUUGGCAGGGGCAUGGGAAAUCUCUCAGGAUCCCGCUUCGUAUCGGACCCUUUCAUACGUGGGCAUCGCAUGUAUCGCACCGGCGACCGAGCGGUCUGGACAGAAGAUAUGGAGCCCCGAUUCUUGGGCCGAGUGGAUAACCAAGUCAAAGUCAGGGGAUUUCGAAUAGAGUUGGAGGAAGUCGAGAAUGCCAUUCGUGUCGUCAGUCCCGAGGUUCGCCGCGCGGCUGCCAUCGUGAGCGGAAACAACAUUGUGGCAUUCAUUGAGCCCGAGAGUGUCGUCGUGAGUCGAAUUCAAGAUGCAUUGCGAGCCAAGUUACCAAGUUACGCUAGGCCGUCCUCUAUUGUUGCGCUUCAUGCCUUGCCCACAACGCCCAACCAGAAGCUUGAUCGGAAGGCUCUCCAAUCGCAUGCGAUUUACACGACGACAAAGGGCGGAAAGCCUCUCACAAGGACUCAGUCCAUGAUCGCAACCAUAUGGCGGGAAAUCCUAGGCCAACCGGCUGAUAUGAAUAUCGAUCCAGAAGCAGAUUUUCUUCUUCUCGGUGGUAAUUCGUUGUCGCAAAUCAGAGUUGCGCAGAAAGCCUCCCAAGUGUAUGAGUUCAGAUUUCCUCUGAAGUUGUUUAUAUGGAACACGACUCUUUCCCGUUUGAGUGAACAGAUAGACGACUGUCUUUCGAGCAAGAAGCUUUCGCAAGCGGGUGAUCGCUCAUUCAAAUCCUCCUGGCGAACGAUAGAGCCCCCCUUCACGGAGGUGUCAUAUCUCGAGGAAGAAUUCGUGCGGCUUUCAAUUUCGUCGCCAUCUCCCCAAGCAUUCAACGUUGCUUAUAAAGUGAGAUUGAAAGGCAAUGUGAGCCUCCACACUUUUAACGAAGCAGUUCUUGCUGUUAUUGCGAAAGAACCCAUUCUGCGGAGCAAUUACCGGAUGGAAAAGGGUCGUGUUAAAAGGAGUCAGUCGUCCGUCGAAUGCGAAGUCAUAGCGGGGGAGUUCUGCGAUGCGGAAGUGACUAAAUUUGUAAACCGUCCAUUUGACCUUUUCGACGGUCCAUUGACAAGGGUCAUGCUCUGUCAGGAACUUGGUGGAGUCGAUAUCGUUCUUGUUCAACAUCACGCCAUCACCGACAAAGUCGCGGUUCGAGUGUUCUUCCUCAGGAUUGGAGCUACAUACCGCGAGAUUAUCCAGAACGGACGAGCGGUUGACCGUACGGGGGCAAUAUCACCAAACAUGUCAGACUACAGAAUCUGGGCCGAAUGGAAAGCCCACCAGCCGUCCCAGGUCAGCAGCGAAGAUGCCACAUACUGGAAGGGGCAGCUGGCCGACCUUCCACGCUUUGCAUUUGAAGAUGGUAGCCAGCUGAUUAGCACCGGGCGAUCCGAGACUUUUAGUUUGAACCCAAGCCACACGUCCACGCGUCCGAUGGAGCUAUACGUGAUGCUUGUCGCACUGGCGAUGGCCAAAGUAAAGCGAGUCACGGACUUGGUGCUCGCAAUACCACAUAUCAAUCGUACUGAGCCCGGCACUGAAGAUCUUUUGGGUGUUUUUCUCGAUAUAUUGCCGCUGCGUGUUCGGAUGACCGAGGCAGCCUCGCACAGCCCUUCGGUUCUCAUGCGGUCGUUGAAAACCCAAAUUCAGGACGCGUUAACUCACUCGAUUCCGUUCAGGAACAUUCGCUGUCUGAUUGGCGAAGAUCAAAUCUUUCAAGUCCUGGUAGUGUGCCAUAGAAGGGAAGAUUCGGUCUCGAGUGGUCUGGACCUUCCUGGAGUCACCGUGGAAGAAACGUCCUUACGGGCAAGGGGUGCCAAGUUCCCUGUCCUAGUAGAAUUUACGGAAUUGGAGACAGAUAUCCUGUGUGAGUUCGAGUAUAUGGAGGGUCUGGUCACCCAGGAUUUCGUUCUGGCUCUCCGAGAAGCUAUGCAGACAAUUUUUUCUGGACUGUGA